CUUCAUGAAUUACUCUUUAUUCAGAAGGGUCUGGCUGUAAAAGUUACUUCGUGCAAUCUGCAGAGAGGCAGACAACAUUGUACAGUGGCGGUGGAACGAGGGGUGAUGGUAGCAGUAGCUGAUGUGCAAUUUGGCCCCAUGAGAUUUCAUCCACAUCAACUCCAGGUACUUUUAGUGUUUACCAAAGAAGAUAACCAGUGUAAUGGAUUCUGUAGAGCGUGUGAAAAAGCAGGGUUUAAGUGUACAGUUACCAAGGAGGCUCAGGCUGUCCUUGCCUGUUUCCUGGACAAACAGCAUGACAUCAUCAUCAUAGACCACAGAAACCCCCGACAGCUGGAUGCAGAGGCGCUGUGCAGGUCUAUCAGAUCAUCUGAACUCUCAGAAAACACGGUUAUCAUUGGUGUAGUACGCAGGGUGGAUAGAGAAGAAUCAUCUGUAAUGCCCCUCAUUGCUGCUGGCUUUACAAGAAGGUAUGUGGAAAACCCCAGCCUCAUGGCCUGUUACAACGAACUGCUCCAGCUGGAGUUUGGAGAGGUGCGAUCACAGCUGAAACUCAGGGCUUGUAACUCAAUAUUCACUGCGUUAGAGAAAAGUCAAGAAGCAAUUGAAAUUACGAGUGAAGACCACAUUAUACAGUAUGCAAAUCCUGCAUUUGAAACAACAAUGGGCUAUCAGUCAGGUGAAUUAAUAGGAAAGGAAUUAGCAGAAGUGCCUAUAAAUGAAAAAAAGGCUGAUUUGCUCGAUACUAUAAAUUCAUGCAUCAGGAUAGGCAAGGAGUGGCAAGGAAUUUACUAUGCCAAAAAGAAAAACGGAGAUAACAUACAACAAAAUGUGAAGAUAAUACCUGUCGUUGGACAGGGAGGAAAAAUUAGACACUAUGUGUCCAUUAUCAGAGUGUGCAAUGGCAACAAUAAGGCUGAGAAAAUAACUGAAUGUGUUCAGUCUGACAGUCAUACAGUUUCCAGCCAGAGACGACACUCCUCCAUGGCCCGGAUACAUUCCAUGACGAUUGAGGCACCCAUAACCAAGGUAAUCAAUAUUAUCAAUGCUGCCCAGGAAAGCAGUCCCAUGCCUGUGACAGAAGCCUUAGACCGUGUGCUGGAAAUUCUAAGAACCACUGAAUUAUAUUCACCGCAGUUCGGUGCUAAGGAUGAUGAUCCUCAUGCCAGUGACCUCGUUGGAGGCUUAAUGUCUGAUGGUUUGCGAAGACUAUCCGGGAAUGAGUAUGUUCUUUCAACCAAAAAUCUUCAGCAGGUUUCAAGCAGUAUGAUCACUCCCUUCUCCCUUCAUGAUGUCCCACCACGGAUAGCUCGGGCCAUGGAGAAUGAAGAGUGCUGGCACUUUGAUAUCUUUGAACUGGAGGCUGCCACUCAUCAAAGGCCUUUGAUUUAUCUUGGUCUCAAAAUAUUUGCUCGCUUUGGAAUCUGUGAAUUUUUAAAUUGCUCCGAGACAACGCUGAGAUCGUGGUUACAAAUUAUUGAAGCCAAUUAUCAUUCUUCUAACCCCUACCACAAUUCUACACAUUCUGCUGAUGUCCUUCAUGCCACUGCCUAUUUUCUCUGCAGAGAGAGGAUAAAGCAAACUUUAGAUCCGGUUGACGAGGCUGCUGCCCUCAUUGCAGCCACUGUUCACGACGUGGACCACCCUGGGAGAACCAACUCCUUCCUGUGCAAUGCUGGAAGCGAGCUGGCCAUUUUGUAUAAUGACACUGCUGUGCUGGAGAGCCACCACGCAGCCUUGGCCUUCCAGCUGACCACUGGAGACGAUAAAUGCAAUAUCUUUAAAAACUUGGGAAGGAAUGACUAUCGGACCCUGCGCCAGGGUAUUAUCGACAUGGUCUUAGCCACAGAAAUGACAAAGCACUUCGAGCAUGUCAACAAGUUUGUCAACAGCAUCAACAAGCCCUUGGCAGCACUAGAAGAAAAUGGGGAAACCGAUAAAGAUCAAGAAGCCAUAAACACUAUGCUCAGGGCUCCAGAGAACCGGACUCUGAUCAAACGAAUGCUGAUUAAGUGUGCUGAUGUGUCCAAUCCCUGCCGACCCCUGGAACAGUGCAUUGAGUGGGCUGCACGCAUCUCAGAAGAAUAUUUUUCUCAGACUGAUGAAGAGAAGCGGCAGGACUUACCUGUGGUGAUGCCAGUUUUUGACCGAAAUACCUGCAGCAUCCCCAAAUCCCAAAUCUCGUUCAUCGACUACUUCAUCACAGACAUGUUUGAUGCUUGGGACGCCUUUGUAGACCUGCCUGAGUUAAUGCAGCAUCUUGACAACAAUUUUAAAUACUGGAAAGGACUGGAUGAGAUGAAGCUGCGGAGCCUUCGACCACCUCCUGAAUAGUGUGCGACACCCCCAGGGCCCUGAAGCUUUGUCUCUCGGGCAUUUGAAUUCCUGAGGGCAGCCAGAGUUCCUUGGUCCUUUCAGUAUUAAGCAGAACAGUCCCCAGGUCUGCACUGCCUGUGAAAGCACACAGGGACAUCAGUAACCUUCUGUAGCCGCCAUCUGAUGCCAUUGCCAUAAAGUGCAACUUAGUCCACCAUACCUGGGCCUGCUGCAGGGGCUCCUGAGAAAGUCACAUGAGAACCAGGGUUCGCAUUAGCUUUCAUUAAAACCCAAGCUUGGGAGCGCCCCUGCAAAGGACGUUGAUGGAUUUCCUGCCAGUGACAGAGAAUAUCUUGUUGCAAACAAUUUCUCUCAGUUAUUUUCAGCACUUAAGAACAACUAAUGGCAAUCGGAUCUUUAGCAACUUUUUCCCACAUCAUAGAAGGUGCAAUCACUUACUUUGGAACACUACUGAAAGUGACUUCUCUUUUAAAAUUGAGUAGCAAAUGAAAAAUACAAAGAAAUUUUGAAGUUGAUUAUUAAUAUCAGUUAUUAAAAUGUUUUAUUUAUUAGAAGUUCAAUAUUUUCUAUGAAUUUAAAAAUACUUCAAAGCCAAAGCCAACUUUAAAUGCCAUGACCAAAUUUACAUGAUUCAUAUGCAUUCAAUACAUAUCACUUGGUGUACAGACUUAUUUUCAUAAUGCAAAUUACAAAUAUAAAACGACAUUUUUACUGCACUAUAGAAAUAUUUGUGUAUGUUAAACUCUUCUCUGAUUGAUGCUAAUUGGAAAAGCAGUUUCGUUGGGGGUCUGACUCUGGAGCCACAGGAUGGGCUCCCUCUGCGUGGGAACCAGACAUCUGACCUGCACUGCCAUCUGCGGGGCUUUGCAGGUGACCCCCCCCCCCCCCCAAGAAAAGAAACAAGGAGUUCACACUUUUUUCCUAAAUUUUUAUAACUGGAUUUCCAAAGUCUGCCUUAUUUUGUAGUGUUUCUAUAAAAUAUUCCCUAUAAAAAUAAAGACUGAAAAUGGAAUAUUUAGUGAAUUGACAUUUUAUAACCAAUCUGUUUUCAUCUGCAGUGGGGAAUCUUCAAUUCCAGAAAUUUUUAAAGGUUCCGUAUCUUCACUUUUGAAUAAGUGUAGUACCGUGAAGAAUGACACAUGAUGACAUGUCACAGUGCUUGUCAUUUCAUUUUAAACUUGUAUUUUUUCCCAGAUAAAAAUGAAAUUAAUUAAACUAUUUGUUUUUAAGAAA